GUAAGCUGCAAGUUCUACCGAAGUGAAGAAAAGUUUCUACGUUCGAAUACACAAUAUUUGUUCAAGAUGAGGGCACUGUUUGCAAUUCUUAUCAUUUGCGUUCUAACGUUCAAUUUAAUUACGAGCUGUAAACCACCAGGCUUACUUUGCGCCGAGGACAAAGACUGCUGUGCACCGUUAAUAUGCAAUCCUUGGGCUGGCCGAUGCACCAAGAAACUGUCCACGACAACCGUUGCACCUCCACCGGUAGAUUCGCCAACGCAGCUUCCAGAAAGCUACGUGGAAAUAAACGAAGACAACGUUCUAUAAAUCACCCGAUCGAUUGAUAUCAAUGUUACUUCGCAGAUCUGUGAAUCAGACUGGAUACUCGUUGCGUUACAUUCUUCGUAUUGUCUCUGAACAUUUUAUUUUUCUCUACUCUAUACAGUGUAAUAUAAUUAUUUCUUGAAUAUACCAUGCAUU